UGAUACGCAGGGAGUCAGUUUGUGGUAGUUUACAGGUUAUGUGACAUGCAGUGACAUGAUAUCCAAACACGUUAAAUAUUAAAAGUGUCACACGGAAAUGAUAGCAAUGAAUUAACAGAAAUUUAUAACAAUAUAAACAAGAACUUACGACUUGACUGCAUCUUGUUAUAAGACUAUUCUACAAAAUUGAUGCUAUGGAAGCGAACGUACCAGAUUCGGCAACCUCCCUUUCCGAGGCUGCUUCUACCGACAACGUUGACGUAAGUAACGAUAAAGCGAUUCCCGAAUCAUCAUCGGCGUGUGACGAGCAAAAUGUUGAGAAGCCGGAAACGAAGGACACGUCCGAGUCUUCCCGAAGUACAGGUGACACCUGUAAGGAACCGGGAUUCAAGAAGCCGUUUCUACUGAUCGGCCCCAAGCGGGGUAAGAUCGGAAAGAUUCGAACUGUGAGCAGCGACACGGCACUUCCACCGUCCGAAUCGUCGUCAGUGAUUAAGGAAACCUUCAAUCCUGCUGAGCCGCAGGAUGUCGAAGACUCUGAAACCUCUAAGUUGACAUUGGAAAGGUCUGUAGAGGAAAACGUCUCGUUUGACGCGAGGAACGUUCCCGUUCCAUAUUUAGAGCCAAAGUGGGGCGGAAAACCAACCGAGGAAUAUAAACUAGAAGUUCUGAAGUCUGGGGUAAUUCUAGACAAGAUCGAUCUUACUGAGAGAAGUUUCUAUGUGGUAGGCAGGUUGCCCUCCUGUGACAUGUCCCUCGCUCAUCCGACGAUCUCGAGACACCACGCGAUUAUUCAGUAUAGAGCGAUAGGAGAUGAGAAGAACUCUACUGGUUUUUAUUUGUACGAUUUGGAGAGCACCCAUGGCACAUUCUGGAAUGGACAUCGUAUAAAACCGAGGAUCUACGUUCGAUUGCAUGGUGGUCAUAUGAUAAGGUUUGGUUGUAGUCAGAGAAAGUACAUCUUACAAGCUCCAUUGGAUGAUCAGGAGGAAGAAUCUGAGCUGUCGGUGACUCAACUUAAAGAAAAACGAUUAGAAGAAUUGCGAGAACGGGAGUCUAGACAGCAAGAGGAAGAUGAAGCAGAAGAGAAAGCGAGGCAGGCUGAAGAGAACGAGGGUAUUGAUUGGGGGAUGGGUGAGGAUGCUGACGAGGAAACGGAUUUGACAGAAAAUCCCUACGCUUCUAUGGUAGACGAAGAACUGUAUUUAGAUGAUCCUAAGAAAACAUUGAGAGGUUGGUUCGAAAGAGAGGGAUAUGAUUUGCAGUAUCAAGUGGAAGAGAAAGGGAUUGGCCAAUUUUUGUGUUGGAUAAGUUUACCUAAAGAAUGUUUCGGUGGUCGUUCUAUGAAAGCAGAAGCUCUUAUCAAAGGAAAAAAAAAAGAAUCUGUUGUUCAAUGUGCUCUGGAAGCCUGCAGAAUUUUGGACAGACAUGGAUUAUUGAGACAAGCCAAUCAUGAGAGCCGAAGAAAGAAAGCGAGAAAUUGGGAGGAGGAUGAUUUUUACGAUUCAGACGAAGAUAAUUUUUUGGAUAGAACGGGAACAGUAGAAAAGAAACGUGAACAAAGAAUGAAACUAGCUGGAAAAUUGGAGGAAAAAGUCGAGACAUAUAGCUCAUUGACUGAGAAGCAUAACGAGAUCCUGGACAAAAUUUCACGUUUGAACGCUCGUUUAACAGAAGCACAGGAGAAUAAUGCUAAAGCGGGGGAAACCAACGAGGAUUCGUUGGAUGUCUUUAUGUCUAGUUUAAACACAGCUACUUUGAGCAAAAGCGAUAUAACGAAAAUGAAGGUGGAAUUGCAGAAUUUACGUAGAGAAGAAAUGAAACUUGUAAAAUUAAUAAAUCUUACGAAGCCAGCCGACUUGCCACCUCUUGUCAGUCAAGUGCAAGGGGAAGGUAGGAAGGAUGAUGUGCAACAAAAAUCAAAACUUUCUAUAAAAAAAGUUUCGCAGCUUGAAAGAAGGAGAAAGUUUUUUGAGGCAAACAACAAAGGCGAUUCUGAGAAAGAUUUGUAUGAUAAUAAUGCUAUGGAUAAUGAAGAAGAAGAAGAAGAAGAAGAAGAAGAAGAAGGUGAUGAUGAACAAAAAGAGGAAAAUAGAGACGAUAAUAUAAAAAGAAAAAAAGAAAAAGAUGCGGAUGUACAUGAAUCUGAAUGUAAAAAAUCUACACUACAAAAAGAUGAAAUGGAAUCAAAUAUUAGUACGAAAACCGAUGACAAACCGAAUAUUAUAAAGAACCUCAAUCAAGAAACGAGAAAACCAAACGUUAACGCUACAGAUAGAAAACGAAAAAAAGAUAGUAAAUCGGAGAAAUCGAAAAAUAUAAAGAAGCAGUAUGAUCAAGAUGUCCACUCAGAAGAUUAUUCUACGUGGAUACCGCCGAAAGAUCAAUCUGGAGAUGGAAGGACGAAUCUUAAUGAUAAAUAUGGAUAUUGAAGUAGUUCUAGUGCUGUACAUGUAAGAAAGAUCAAUGUAAAUACUUUCCAUAGUUUCUAUCAGGAAUUUGUUCAAUGCUAGUGUUUUAACCGGGCUAUUUAUGUUUUUACACCUAAAAUGUAUUAACAAUCAUAUAUAUAUAUAUGUAAUUUUUAUUUAAAACUUUUGAUAGAAUAUUUAUUUUUUAAUAUCUUUGGAGGUUCCUAAAAUUUCUUCAUGUUGUAUGUACAUAAACAAAAAGUAAGCUCAUA